AUGGCGGAGGGCUACAUGGCCACCGCCACUCUGGCUCCUCCGCAGAGUGAGGAGGACCACGACCAAGCGGCAGCGCCAGCUUCAGGCUCAGGUCCCUGCAUUGCUGGGACUUCGGCGGCUGCUCCUUCCACGGCGGUCAAGGGUCGACGCAAAGUCUUCGACGAGCACCUGGACCAGGACACCAUAGAAGCGGGCCUGGCCACAGGGGCUCUCAUCCGCGGCAUUUUGAGAGUCAGCGGAUCAAAGCUCAGUAUCGCCUUUGUGCGGCCAGAGGGUGCCAGAAGUGACGACCGGGAUCUGGUGGUUCGCGGCUCGCAGCACCGGAACCGGGCCGUCCACGGGGACGUGGUGAUUGUACAGCCCAUCCUGUACGGCCGCCAGGAGGAGUCCUCUUCCGAAGAGGAGGCCGCGCCGCCCGCGGCCAUACCCUGCUCCGACUCUGAGGAGGAAGAGAUUGUGCUGAACAAGCCGCAUAUCGCAGGAGCAGCCCGAGCUGCCCCCAAGUCCUCCGAGCAGGAAGUGCAGAUGGCGAAGGUCGUCGCCAUCGCAGAGAAGAAAGGACAGGGUCGGGUCAUCGUUUGCACGCUGCACCCAGACCGCGAUAAGAAGGAUUCGACGGGCGAGGUCCUGAAGGACGACCGUUUUAUCCGAGCAGUGCCGACAGACAAGCGUUUGCCGACGAUGCUACUCCAGAUAAACAACGUCACCACCAAGGCUCUGCGGCUGCCGGGGAAGCUGGAUCGCUUUCAGCUGUGGCCUAUGCAGAUCCAAGUGUGGAACGAGAGCAGCAAGCACCCGCUUUGCCGCCUGCAGGGCAGCUGUCUGGGCCGGGCCGGCAGCCUGGAAGCGGAGGAGCGCCAUGCCCUGAUUGCGAACGAACUCGACAGCCACGAUGUCGACUUCUGCGAGGAAGAGCUUGACGAGGUCGACCAGAUCGUGAAGGCCGCCCAGCGCGAUUUCGAGUCGGAGGCUGCUUCCAGGAUGGAUCUGCGACAGAAGCGGAUCUUCACCAUCGACCCGGCCACGGCGAAGGAUUUCCGAUAUGCCUCUUUCCUCACGGGCUCCUCCGAGAAAUUCGAGUUUCAGCUUUGGCUGAGCCUGAGGCACGUGUCACAAGAUGACCUGGAUGAUGCUAUUCACGUGGAGGACUUGAAGGGCAAGGGUCAGAUCGAGGUGGGAGUGCACAUUGCCGACGUCGGUCACUUCCUGAAGCUCGGCACGAUAACAGAUGAGGAGGCCCGACGUCGUUCCACCUCUGUCUACCUCAUUGGGCGGGUGUUGCCAAUGCUGCCACAUGGCCUCUGCAACUAUCUCUGCUCCCUGAAUCCGAACGAGCCAAAGUUGGCCUUCUCGGCCUUCUUCCGCCUCUGCAAGAGAACGGGCCAGCUGAUCGAGAACCCUGCGCCCUGGUUUGCAAAGACGGCCAUCUCCUCCGUGUGUCGUCUGAACUACGAGCAGGCUCAGGACAUCAUCGACGAUCUUGACAUUGAGGAGGAAGAUCGGCCGCUCGCACCUUCGCUGCACGGAGAUUGCCACGCAGUGGAGAGGCAGCAAAUCAAGGACGACAUCCUGCUGCUCUACGAAGUCUGCGGCAAGGCCAACGAAGAGAGUUCCCAGGUGCUUUCCCAACUUCUGCUCCAUCUCUCUUGCACAAAGGUGCGGCAUGGCCGCCUGACGGGCGGAGCCAUGACAAUCAGCAAGACGACAGUCCUGUACGGGGGCCUUGCGCUGGACCUCGGGGACAUUACCCACAACACCGUUGCCGCGAUCGGCGACCCUACGUGGGCGAGGGACUACCUCAACCUGCAAUUCUGCUCCUUCAACGCUGGGAAACGACCUGCAGUUGAAGAUGACGACAACGAAAGACCGUUGACUCUCAACACUCUCCUGGCCGCUCUCAAGGAGAACCGUGAGGAGAUUGUGGCACAAGUUCGGGAAGACAUGGACACCAUAACCAAUCGCAUGUCCACUGUGGAGCUGACUGUGGACACACAUGUUGCCAACACCACAAAACUCUUGGAAGCUAUGACCGACCGACAUUGUGCUAUGGAACAAAGUGUUCGUAAGGUGGAUGAAAAACAGCAAUCCGUGCUACAUCGUCUUGAGCUCUUGGAGGGGAAGUUUGCAAAGGCCAAUUUCUCUAUGUCGAGCACGAGGACCUCGGAGACCGAAGGGGGCAACCCCCGACCAGCUCUGGUGGUCGGGGGAUGGGAUGCCGACCAACAUCAUGAAGAAACCCUGCGCUUGGUCAAACAACACCUCACCGAGCUCAACAUCAACUUGGACGUCAGCCAGGCCUUCGUCCCAGGACUGAGACGCGGAUUCGCCCUCGUCCCCCUCACCAGGCUGGAGGGGGAAACAGAGGAAGAACAACGAGCCCGAGUUCAAGAAGCACUUCGCACAAUCCGGGCGGCCAAAGUCGUGACCGGCCAACGACCCGAGGGGGGACAGCGAUACUUCUUUGCCGCUAUGAGCCAGAGCCCGGAGCGCCGCAAACGAGCACAACUUGCCGGGAAAGUCAAAAGGCUCAUCAUCGAAGAAGGAGGAGAUGUACGCCGUAUCGACGUCGAGUAUGGCACAGCAAACCUGUGGUACAACAGCAUUAAAGUCGCCUCGGGGGUUACCUCGGCCCCAGAAGGCGCCUCGGUCGAGAAAUCCGGCUGGGUUCACCUCGGCUCCCUGGCCCGACAGAUCGGAAUUUCAGAGGAGACUGCCGCAAACAAAUGGGGGGAGCUUCGUAAGGCUCUCCAAUGA